AUGGCACUCUCAGCCGCCGAACACCAAGCUAGAAGACGUCGCUCGACUGCUGCCCCAAGACGUCGCAUAGCCUCAGACCCAUCCAUUACACCCAUUCCAAGACGCCCGAGGCUCCUCAGUAACCUCCCAAGUCAUCGACGAACGUCUACACCACCAAAACGAAACCAGACAUCCAGCCCAACCCAGGCAUCUGUAACCGGAUCUAGUCCGCCUACGCCAAUCGUCGCCUUCUCCGCCCUUUCGAGAUCAACUCUCCCCAGGCCAUACAAUGACUUUUCCCACUUCUUCCAGGACAUGUGCCCUGCCCUCCGAAACCGGAUUCUCGACCAAGUCGACUGGGACUCCUUACAUGGAGGGCCAUACUGGCGCACCCAGGGCUACCAGUCGUGGUACGCAUCCGACUCCUGCAAGACGGCCUUCAUCAUCCACGCUGAAGGAAAGUUCCCCAAGAUCUGCGCGUGGCCGGAGAAGGAAGAAAGUAAGGGUAAAGGAGACGGCAGGAGGAACUCUACAACAAGGGAUAAGUCUCAGGAGGCUGGUGGUACUGCAGCUUCACCCAAGGGGUACGGGUGCUAUCGCUGCCACACGAUCAAGCCUGAGGCCGCCUUCGAGAAGCUGCCCGACUACUUUGUCGUGUCGUCUGAAGGUUGUAUCGUCGGGCGGUACUCCGGCAAAGCCGAUGGUGACAAGGAGCAGUCGAGGCUUCCGACACUGCGGAAUGGGGAAGGUCUCUUACGUCGCUUCUGUAUCGAGUGCGGUGUUAGGGACGGUUUGUAUGAGAAGAGGAAGCUCAUCACGUCGCUGACGGAAGAGAGGUGGUCGGUCUGUGAUUGUCGGCGUCUGCACUGGGUGCCGUCGAAUGAGUCGUACAUUGAGUGUGAGCACUGUCUCGUGAAGAGUGCUUUCAGACCUCCGGUGUGA